AUGGUCCCCCCACGACCUGCGGCUAACAAGCCCCACGUCUGCCUGACAGUAGUCCUGAUCCUGACCAGCCUGGCACUGACGGACACCUACCUGGUGGGGCAGGAUCCAGGUCCCAAGAGGAUCAGCGUGUGCGUCACCGUGCUGGCAGGUGACGCGUGUUUCCUCAUUGCGCUUCGAUACGUCGCCGUCUGGGCGGGGUCGGAGGUGCACUCGGCCAGGAGGGGCUACGCCAUGAUCCUCUGGUUCUUCUACAUCUUCGUCCUGGAGAUCAAGGUCUUCUUUGUUUAUCAGAACUACAAGUAUCAGGAUGGGAACGUAGAUGCAGAGGCGGCAGAUACAGGUGUGUCCAGGAGAGCCCUGACGUUGCUGCUGUCCGUCUGCGUGCCCAUCGUGUUCGUGACACUGGCGGCGGUAGACCAUCUGGACUACCUACGGCCCUGUAAGAAAAAAGAGGAGAUCAGGAGUCGUCUGUUCUGGGUGGUGCUGGACCUGCUGGAUCUUGUGGACAUUCAGGCCAACCUGUGGGAGCUUCAGAGGGAAGGGCUCCCCCUGUGGGUGGAGGGGUUGAUGUUCUUCUACUGCUACAUCCUCCUCCUGGUGCUGCCGUGCGUCUCCCUGAGCGAGAUCAGCAUGCAGGGGGUGAACAUCGCCCCCCACAAAAUGAUGCUCUACCCCAUCCUCAGUCUCGCCACCAUCAACGUCGUCACUCUCUUAAUUCGCGGGGGAAACCUGCUGGUUUAUGGCGACGUGAGGGCGUCGGGGGUCAUGAUGGGAAAGAAUGUGGUCGCCAUCGUUAUGAAGAGCUGCAGUCUGGUGGAGUACGGAAAACCCCGACCGGCCUCUCCUCCUGCAGAACCUGGAGACGAGAUGCAGAAGAACCCCCUGGGGGAUGUUCAGGCGUGCAGCCCCCAGCCGACGGUGGUUCCGAGAGUCGCGAUCGAGGACCUCACCACCAUACCGGAGGAGGAGGAGGGGGCCCUCAGCCCCCAGCCCCGCCCCGCUCACUCCCAGCCGGACCGGAGGAGCAGCAACAACCUGCGGCCGCGGACAGGCGACGAUGGCGGCGGCUGCGGACAGAGGAGGAGCCCGGGGCGCCGCUUUCCCACCCAACCCGGCGGUUGCGGCGGCGGACCCCGCGGUGGUGUCCGGGUCCGGUGCUGCCGGAGAGCCAGAUAG